GUCGUAGACCUCACUACACCUGAACUACACCACAUCGCAACCGACGUGAAAUCCAUCAAAAACCACACCACCGCCAUCGAAUCUCGGACAGAUUUCAUCGGCCGAGUACAUACCAAUGAGGCGCCAUCACGCAACCGCGAAGUAAGGACGUCCAGACGCCGUGACGCUGUCUCUACGAGCUUCUGCGGUUUGGGGAAAGCGCGACUGUGUUGCGCGGAGGGGGAGAGCGAGAGCGAGCCAUCGCUUUCCAAAUGGCGGCACGAUCAGGCUCCUCCAUCAAUAACGGCCAUGGGAAACCCUCGUGGAGGCCCGAAUCAUCCCAUCUAACCAGCAAAAUCCCCCGCAUGCGCGACCACACGCCAACGCGAUCCCAUACCCAUCCCCAUCCCCAUCCCCAGCCCAAUACGCUACUGUUCGACAUGGCUGAACCGGUCGCCGUAGCCGAGGAGGACGAACGUCAGAGGGCCCUCUUCAAGGACCUCUACCGACAGAGCGAGGCGCGCAUAUCACAGCUUUUUGGCGGAGCCGGAGACGCAGCAUACACAGACCGAGAUGAAGGGGACACGUCCAUGGCCGAUGAUGAGCAAUUGGCCCACCAGCUCGGUGCCAUUGAGCCUCCUCCGCCGCCGCCAGCGCCCAAGAAGUCGGCGCGGACCAUCGAUGAGGACAACUACGAUGACGAUGAUGAAGAUGAGGAUGAGGAAGACCUGCCACUCAACUCGUUAAAGAACCAGAAUGCCAAUGCGUUGAUGUCGCCUUCCAAGUCUGGCAGCUCACCCGUAUCCUCAGAUACAUCACCUCUUAAGCCUACAGUCGAGCCGAAGGAUGAUGAUUCUCAACCCAAGUCCUCGGAAGAUGUACGCAAACAAUUGGAGGAGCAGAAAAAGGCGACCGAAGAGGCCGCCAAACAUACCUUUCAUACUGUAUUUUAUACCCUGGAGAAUGACCGUGUGGCCAUGUUGGAACAACUACAAUUGGAGGAGACCGAGAUGCAGAUAAAUGCCGAGAUGGAUAAUACUGGCACUGCGGCAAACACCAACGGCGCAAGUGGAGAGCGACACAGUACUCUAAGUAGUGCCAACCUUGGCGCAUCGAACCUGACUUUGAAGCAUCUCAUUGCCCGAAUCGACCUUAAGCGCGAGAAAGUAAAAGCAUCAGAUGCAGAAUUAAGGGCUUUGAUGAACGAGGUCCGGAAGCAUAGGACCAGAACCAAGUUUCAAAGCGAUAAUCUUAACCAAGAGGAGCUCUACGAAGCAUGCGACAAGGUCUUAAGCGAGCUGAAGGCAAUGAGCGAGUACUCAACCCCCUUUCUCACCAAAGUCAACAAGCGAGAAGCCCCGGAUUAUUAUAAUGGUUGGUACCUUGGAACUCCUGCUGAAUACAUUUGCUAAUAUAGUCAGUCAUCAAAACACCCAUGGAUCUCGGAACGAUGACCAAAAACCUCAAGCUGAACAAGUACAAAUCCAAGGAUGAAUUUGUAGCGGACUUGGAGUUGAUCUGGAAUAACUGUCUCAAGUACAACAGUGACAUCAAACACCCAUUACGAGCCAAAGCGAACGCAAUGCGAAAGGAUGCAGAGAAAUUGAUCCCACUCAUUCCAGAUCUUGUUGUAAAGACUAGAGCCGAAGUAGAAUUAGAAGAACGCCGAAAACCGAAUGGAGGCGACGAUGUUGCGGGAGAGGACAGUGAUGACGAACCAAUCAUGUCCUCAAGAGGGCGUAAGGCUGGUACCAAGGGAGCCAAUAAAGCAAGAAAAUCUGCUCCUGAUAAAGACGAAGGAACACCUGGAGUUGACCAGAAACCAUCUCUGCAAGUGAAUGGAGUUAUUAGUAACCUCCAGCGCGAGGGCUCAGAGGCAGGGUUCGAUGGCAGUAAUGGUUUCGCUACUCCACCAUUUGGUUCCAUAACCCCAAGUGGAAUGAAUGGUGUUCCAGGAAGUCAAGCUGAUGCCACAGAUAUUGACGGACCAUCAAUUAACGAACUCCAUUUGGGGCAAGCUCUAAGCUCUACUACAGAAGAUCUUCAGGAAGACGAAGAGUAUAAAACCUGGAAGCAAGUUACCAAAAAAGAUCGUGCACUGGUUGCCAAAGAACGGCAUCGUCUUUUCAAGGCCGACAAACUCAACCCAGAAGAGCCAGCCUUACUACGUAGCAAAGCUGGCAUGAGAAGAUGGCUUCGUCAACAAAAGCAAGCUCAAGAUACAUCUCGUUCGGAGACCGUUCGAGACGAAAAUGAGUUUUCUCAAGGCGCGGAAACUUUGGCUGAGGGCAUGGAAAGUGAGGAAGGAAAAGUCUUACCAGAUUACUAUGAUCCCCUCUCUGCCAUUCCAGAUAUUCCUGCCAGAUAUCAGUGGAUUGAAGACUCGGAAAGGCAGGUCAUCGACCAAAACGAAGACUGUCUUCGCAUGAUUUCAGCUGGACAUUUCACGGCACCAAAAAGUUUUCUUGCCAAAAAGCUCGACGCUAAUAUGCGACAAAUGCAAGAGACUAGAAAGUUGUGUUCCAAAAUUGGCAUUAUCAAACAGAUGCAGAUCCAGGCUCAGGUAUGUAAUAUAUUUUCACCUCGCGGUUUUUUUACUAACCAGGAACCAGAUGUACAAUAAUCAAUUCCCAAAAUACGAGCCUGAGCCAUUUGUGGAAGCCGAUAUUGAGCCGCACGUUGUCUCCGAUGAUGGUCCGAUCAUGGCUCCUUGGGUUUGCCACGCAGCCAUGCAGCGCUCUGUAGCUAAAAUCUGUUAUCAUGCUGGAUUUGAAGAGCUUCAACCCAGUGCCUUGGAUGUCAUAACCGAGAUCGCUGGCGACUUUAUGGUCAAGCUUUGCCGAACUUUUAAUGUCUAUCGGGAGACUCCCAAGAUUCCAGCAUCUGGAGCAGCACUUGCUGCUGGCCAGAAAUGGCAGGAGAGUUAUACCGACGAGGAAGUCCUUCGCCAUACUUUGGACAAAAAUGGAAUGGAUGUUGAAGGCUUGGAGAGCUAUGUGAAAGAUGACGUUGACCGACUAGGGACUAAGCUUGGGGUCAUGCAUGAUCGUAUGAAGGCUCAUCUAGCGGACCUCUUACGGCCUGCCCUUACUGAUGCGGGAGCUGACGGAUCUGGUGCUUUCAAUGAUGGAAGUGAGCAGUUUGUCGGAGGUGACUUUGCUGAAGAAUUGGGUGAAGAUUUCUUUGGCUUCAAGGCUCUUGGUCUUGAUUCCGAGUUUGGCAUGUCAAGUCUCUCAGUACCUCUGCAUCUUCUUCACGCCAAAAUUCACCGAAGUUAUCCAGGCCCAGCAGCAGCAGUUCAACAGGCCGACAUCUUCGAGCCUCUUGGACCACUGGAGCCAGUUACAAGAGAGCUUCUUCAAAACCAGAUCGGUCUUGUCAGGAAUUUCUUCCUUGCCAAACUGCACGCUAACGAUGACGAACCACUUCUCGAGGAUGAAGAGCUUCCAGUCAAGCAACGCCCAUCACGACCUCGUCUUGGUCCUACCGGUAAAAUUACCAGCCCUCGCAAACGACCAAUUAAGGAAGCGACUGGAAACUCAAAGAAAAAGAAGAAGCUCGAAAAUGGUACUGCCAUGGACCCUUCUACGGGUGUUAAAUCGGGUGCCAACGUGAGCCCCGAGAAAGCCACUGCGAAGAAGGUCAAGGCGAGUUCUGGUGGACCGGUCGCUAUGGAAAGGGCGGACAGUGGGCAGGGUAGUAUACAUACGGAGAAAGAUGAUAAUUCGGCUGUGGGGAUGAUGAGUCCUGAGAGUAUUGAGCGGUGAUGAGAGAGUUUCUCGUUAAGCGAUAAUACACACAAUUUUUUGAUUUAUUCAAAAUCCAUCUUGGAGGGAGCUUGUUGUGUGUGAGCUACCAUAGCUGUGUGAAUCCAUCGCAUCACCGCAAUACCUUGGCGUUUUCUUUUUUGACAACAAAUACCCCCACGCACUACACUAUACGACAUACUACGAGUUCGCAUUCACUCCCUAUUUCACUCUCUUUCUUUUUUCGCUUGCAUGGAGAGGAAAUACUUUGCACAUAUGGGAUGGAUAGCUUUGAUUUUUGGGGAGGAGGUUUCCUUUUUCUCUAUAUUAAUUUGACAUUUUUUGUACUAAGAUCAUUUAUGUUUUCUCUUUUUUUUAAACUUUCCUUUUCCCUUCCUCUCGUUUCUUGGGGUUUUUUGGGCGUUGAUCAAAGGGGGUGUGUGGUUUUUUUUUUGCCGGGUUUUUUGGGAGGCAGGCAUGCUUUAGUUAGUUGGUCGAAGAUUGAAGGGGUGGAAGGGAGUGUGAUGGAUGGAUGGAUGGGAUGGGAUGGGUGGAUGGAUGGAAUCGUUUCUUGGGAUGCGGUACUCGAUAUCUUUUGUUUCCUGCUUUUCUUUCCCUUUGAGGAUUGGUUGGUUGGUUGAUGUGUAUGGAUGGAU